AUGCGUAAUUUAGCAAUGUCGUGUGCUAUUGUAUGCCUGAUUCUCCUCGCAUUCUCUGGUCCACUUGGCAUUCUCGGGCUAUUUAAAAAGCAGAUAAGCACCAUCAUGGUCACUGGUGUCAUGUACAUUUUAGCAGCUGUGUUUGGAAUAUUCACCCUCGCAUUCAUGCAUUUCAAGCGAAUAAAGCCUGAUGGUUUUUACACGAGUACCAUCCUGGACCUCAAUUUACCUGAAGAAUAUAUGAAGUGCAGGAAUUUUACAGUUGGAUGGCCUCCUUCAGCUGAGUGGGCUGGUUUGUGUUUAUGCCUCAUUGGAAGUUUAUUUUGGUUGCUACUUGCCAAGAUAUACAGGUUUCAAAUAUUGAGCCCUGCAUAGAUUGGUCACAUGGCAGAAGCCAGGAAAUCUAUUACUACAUGCACGACAAAUUAGUUUUUAUCUUGUAGAUAUUGUCAUAGCUUGAUAUUCACCAAUCGUUAUCAGAUUCUUUCAAACAUCAAUAUUUUGGGAUAAAAGCACUCGAAUUGAUUAAACUGUUAUAAAUGAGCUCACUGGUCACUGGUUUGUUUUCAAGUACAAUUUAUAAAAUAAAACAUAUUUUAAUUAUAUUGAAAAAGGCAGUAUUUUACUUCAGAUCUAUCUGGUUUUAUGAUGAAAAUGUAAAAUUAUCUGUAUGUUUCAUUAGCCAGCCUAUGCAUCAAAGAAUAUACUGUUUUAAAAUAGUGUGCCAAAUAAACGAAAUUCAAAUGAACUUAAGCGAUACGAAGAUGAAGGCAUCUCCAUCAAGUCUUCCUCCAUUUUAGUCUUUAGAAUAAAAAGAAGACAGAUGUGAUUAGUCCAACUAUGUCAAUUUAAAAACGCAUUGGAAUACUAGCGUGCGCCAUCGCAUCUACUAGACAUGAAGCAGAAAUAAUUAGUAUAUUCUGAUUUAUACAGAUUUGCAAAUGAAUAAAAUAUUACUUCAGUCAAAAUGUUUGGAUGUAAAAACUUAGUAUUAGUAAUAGAGUCAUAAUGAAAUGCUAAUUUGUGAUAAAGUCGUAAUGAGGUGAUGAUUUAUUCAGCUGUAAAGAAGAAAAUGUAAACCAAAUUAAACGUUGGUAGAAUUUAGACUUAAGCAGUUGUUGAUAUACCGGCUUCAUUUCUGAUGAAAAAGAUUAUUUCUCGGCUAAAACAUAAAAUGUUGAUAAGUUAUAAAGCAAUCUCGGAAAUAGUUCGUAAUAAGUCAUACCGAGAAGAUACUUAGUAUUGGAUUAAAUAAAAGCAUGCGUAUUGACAAAAAGACAAAAUCUUUGAAAAUCUAUUCAUAACAUAUUUAAAAUGUGAUUGUUACCAUACCUUGUGCGUCAUAUAGCUGUUUAUUGGUUUCAUACUCUUUCAGUUAUUGAUAAUACAUUGGACGGUAUAUAAUAUGAACAUUCAAAGACUGAACUUAUGUCUCAAGGGACUAAAAAUAUGACUGAAAUUUAUUAUUUUGUUAUUCUUUUAUGCACUACAUUGCAAUUCUCGAAAGCACAAUUAUAUAAUUCUUCUAGGCACUUAAUAUUAUAAGACUGUUUUAGCUGCGAAUGUUUUCAGUUGUUAAUAUUUCGUAUGGUGCUCGACAAAUAAUAUGACCUUACAGAAUUCGACCACACGAUAAGAACACAAGUCAGCUGUAAAUUUAAAAUUAGGCAAAAAAGCAAUCUGAAUUUGGCGUAGGUUUUGAAUAAAAUUAAAACUAUGCUUGCUAACUGAAGUUCAUUUUCUGUAUAAUUUUAAAUUGGCAUGUUUCUCCUCCAAUUUGAGAUUUUCUAAUAUCUGCUAUCAAGUGUUACGACACUUCUGCUGUGAUUAAUAUAAUAGCAGCAGAAUGUUUUGUAUCUUGCUGUGGUUUGCAGAAGCUAAUCAUUUAGCGAAUGUGGAACAAAUUAGAGAAUAUUCCAGGUCUAUUCACAAUGUAGGAUUAAAAUACAUUAGGUUGACUUCUAACUGUUAUUGUAUUUAACAACAUAUCUUUAACAUUUCAUUGUCACUGUAAAUUGGUUGGAUAGGCUAAGAUAAUAUGUAAGGACUUACUGGCUUCAAGGGAUCUGGUGAGGGAGUACAGCAUCAGCGAUAAAAUGCUUGCAAAAAGCAGCAUAAAAUAGUUUCAGCAUAGCAAUAAAUUUAAUAUCAGUUUUUUAGUCACAUGAAACCUGAGCUUAGAACAUUCACAUUAUCACCUACUAUUUCUAACUGUUCAAUGAACAGUCACUUUCUAACUAUUUUUCACACCUCAAUUAUUAAUAGAUAUAAUGCAUAUCAGUAAAAAUUAGACAAUUACAGAAGGAGUAAAAUAAUAUGAUAUUUCACCAUUCAAUACCAUAGGGACCACUUUUUUACUGCUCGUAGGUGUUUUUCAUAGCUUUACUUUCAGUAAAUAUACUGGCAAGUAUUUAAAAAAGAAAUAACAAUGAUGUUUUCGCAUAUUUUUUAAAAAUACAUUAUGUAAUAAAGAAAAAUUUCA